AUGAGGAAGAUGCUAAAGAUUUGCUGUUCUCUCCUCCUCUUAAGUUUGCUCAGUGAACAACAGAGUGCCAAUCCUGGACUCAAAGUGAGGAUCACCCAGAAGGGGCUGGAGUAUGCCAAGGAGGCUGGGCUGGAAAUCCUGCAGCAGAAUAUGGAGAAGGAGCAUUUCCCUGAUUUGACUGGCCAUGAGAAAUUUGGGCUUGGUAAUGUCAAAUACAACAUCUCAAGGAUACAUGUUACUGUUGUUGAAUUACCCAGUGCUUCUAUCUCCCUCCUACCAGGGUCUGGGAUAAAACUGGUGAUUGGAAAUGCUUUUCUAAACAUGAAUAAGAACUGGGACAUAAGGACCUGGAUGUUCAAAGACAGUGGAAGAGGCACAGUGCACAUCUCAAAGGUGUUUGUUACUGCAAUCUUUUCAACAGCCCUGGAUAAUGCAGCCCCUACCUCAAUAGCCCUCACCAGCUGCCAGACAACUUCUGGUGACGUAGAUACCAAGCUGAAUGGGAAAAUGGGUAACUUCCUGCAUAACUUCUUUAUCAAGUAUCUGAAGAAACCCAUUCACAGGAGCUUGGUCACUAAUUCAUGUCCCAACAUCAGAGCUGGGAUCCAGAUGAUAGAUGGGGACCUCUGAUCACUGAAUGCUGAUUUGGCUGAAGUAGACUACUCCUUAAGUGGCUUGCCAGCAGUAUUCCAGCCAUUCAUUGACCUGGACUUAAAGGGAAUAGUCUUCCCUGCUGGAAACUAUACUGACUCUCCCUACGUGGCAGCUUCCUUCACAAUCCCAGACCAAAGUGACUCCAUGCUGUACCUUGCCUUCUCUGAGUAUUUCUUUCAGACCUCCUCAUUUGCUUACUACACCACAGGGGCUGUCAACAGGACCAUUGCAGAGGAAACUUGCAACUAUUUUAAUAUAAACACAGAGAUAUUUAGCAGUAUCAUCCCUGAGGUAGCUAAAUAUUCAGUUGCACCCUAGCCAGUGAUGUUGAAGCUAAAGUCUACUGAAAUCCCUAUCAACAGCUUACAGCAGGAUUCCUUCAUGGUAAAGAUUCAGGGCUCUGUGAAGGUGUUGGUCAUUCUGCCAGACUCAAACACCCAGUCUCUGUUCACACUGAACAUACUAACCAACACCAGCAUUUCUCUGAAUAUAUUUGAUCAGAAAUUAAUGGGCUCGUUAUGUUUGAACAGGAUCCAAUUCUCCCUAGCCCACUCCAAUGUUGGCUCUUUUGAGGUCUUGCUUCUGGAGAACAUCCUAUCUUACAUUUUACAGACUGAAGUAAUUCCAUCAGCUAACGCUAAACUGUCAAAAGGAUUCCCUCUUCCCAAUCUGGCCAAUGUUACCUUGACAAGACCUCACAUUACAAUUGUACAGGGAUAUGUGUUGAUUUUGACUGAUCUCCACUGCAAACACUAA